AUGUGGGAUGAGCUGAUGAAUUUGAACGAUACUUCAGAACAAGUUCUGGCGCUCGUACCACCGGAGCUGCACAAAUAUCUGACAGUACACUACAAGAAUGUAACAGUGAAUUCCACGGAAAAAGCUAAUCCAAAGAACGUGUCAGAUAUCAAGCGAGCUAUACAGAGAUAUAAUGACGCACAGACUGUAUACAACGAAGAUAUUUUCGGCCCCGUGCAAAAUGACACCAUCAUUAUUGCUAUCCAGGUCCACACUAGGCUUACGUAUUUACGUCACCUGAUAGUAUCAUUAGCCCAAGCAAAGGACAUCGAUAGAACCUUAUUGGUCUUCUCUCAUGAUUAUUACGACGAGGAAAUCAAUUCUUUAGUAAGAAGUAUAGAUUUUACUAAGGUAAUGCAAAUCUUCUAUCCGUUUUCAAUACAAACUCAUCCAAAUGAGUUCCCAGGAGUUGAUCCCAAUGAUUGUCCGAGAGAUGUACGACUUGAACAGGCAAUAAAAAUGAAAUGCAACAAUGCUCAACACCCGGAUCUCCACGGACAUUACCGAGAAGCGAAAUACACGCAAACAAAACACCAUUGGUGGUGGAAAGCGAAUAGAAUAUUCAACCAAUUACAAUGUACAGCUGGUCAUACAGGUAUGGUGGUCUUUUUGGAAGAAGACCAUUACGUGGCCGAAGAUUUUAUACAUAUGUUGAACCUUCUUAGAAGUACAGCUGAUAAAAGUUGUCCACAUUGCGAGAUAUUGUGCCUAGGAACAUAUCUGAAGACAUACCAGUAUCAUAGUAACGGAGAUAAGAGGAAACAACUCAGUUUGAGUUACAUCCAGCAAGUGAGAGCAGCAAACGAGGAAAGGAGACGGAAGAUGCAGGACACACAAUGGAAUUACCAAGUGUACCCAUAUCUCUACUCCAGCAACCAAAAGGUGGAAAUCACCCCCUGGCAUUCAAGUAUGCACAACAUGGGAAUGGUAUUUAACAGAACUGUGUGGAAAAAUAUAAUGGAAUUGCAGGAACAGUUUUGUGCAUACGACGAUUACAAUUGGGAUUAUUCCUUACUUCAUUUAUCCCAGAAUCGACCGAAAAGGGAUAAAUUCAAAGUUAUUUUAUGUAAAGGACCUCGUGUAUUCCAUAUUGGAGAAUGCGGUAUUCACCAUAAGAAAUCAAACUGCAACGCGUCAACAGUCAUCAGUAAAGUACAGAAAUUACUACAAAAUGCGAAAUCUUAUUUAUUUCCUUCACGUGUCGCUGUUAGUGCGAGUGCGGGAGGAGCUAAACAUAAUAAACGACUCGCCAGGGGAAAUGGUGGCUGGGGAGAUAUCAGGGAUCAAGAAUUGUGCACAAAUAUGACCAAAGUGGACAGACAGAUGAGGAAAUAUUUUCACUUCGCGUAGACAUUGUGAUACCAAAUGACCCAUGUACAGUGAACCCCUCUUUAACGUCGUUAUUACCCCAUAUAACGCGUUUCCCCUCUAUAAUCCAAAAAUUACCCUUUUAAAAGGAGAUCCUCUAUAAUGCGAUUUAAACCGUCUUAUACGGGAGGUUUCUAUAACGUGAAAACCCCAUAUAAAGUGUAAAUUACCAACUAUAACGUGAGUAUUCCCAAUGUUUUUUAAAAGUUCUAAAAUGCGAUAUAUGGCUCAGCCUGAAAAGCGUUAUACGGGGGAUCCUGUCACGCGAUACUAUCGACCGCGUUAUAGAGGGGUUUACCGUUAUAGUCUUAUGAAAUAAGAAAAAAACGUCAUAUUAAUAAAAAACCCGACAUACAUGAAUCGAAUUUUAGUUUAAACAAUCUAUCAGUCGGGCUAAAUUACAAAUAGAAUUGAUUUUAUUUAAAUUAAAUACGUUUUCAAAACUAACCUAAAACAACGUGAAAAUGUACGACCGACCCAAAAAUACGGUGCUUUUAGUUGUCUGUUAACAUUUUUAUAAUCUGUUGUAAGAAAAUGUCCAUCUCUAAUCUUUGUAUUAUAGUUAGUCGCUGGCAUAAAUCUUUUCUUUGACUAUUUUUACUCUUUGAUUAUUUUAAACUAGCUUUAGCUCUCGACUUUGUUCGCAUGUAAUGACAAAAAAAACAGUGUAUCCCGCGGACAUCUAUUUCCGGGAU